AUGGUCCUCGGCUGGCUGCUGCUUCUGGUGCUGACUCUGCCCCCGGGCACCACGGGUGUCAAGCAGUGCUUUUUCUGUGAGCCCACCGACUCCAGCAGCUGCCCCACCACCCUCAUGCACUGCGGCGACGACGAGGACUGCUACACGGGCCACGGGGUCGCCCCGAGCACUGGUCCCAUCGUCAACAAGGGCUGCGUGCACUCCACCAGCUGUGGCCGCGAGGAGCCCGUCAGCUACCAGGGCGUCACCUACAGCCUCAUCUCCGUCUGCUGCAACGGCAACCUGUGCAACGAUGCCCCCGGCCCCGCGGGCAGUCGGACAGCAGGGACGGCCACCAGCCUGGUGCUGGGGCUGGGUUUGCUGCUUCCUCAACAUGUGCUGUGA